CCAGCUUAAAUGAGCCAGUUCGGGUCAGCUCAGCUCCAACCUGUGUUCAGAGCUGGCUUCAUUAUGAGCUGAUCUCAUCCCUAGUAAUUGGUGAAUUCAAGCCUUGGUGGCAAGUGACGUUGUUUAACGAAAUUGGAGAUCAGGUUUGUGGUCAACGUUUGAAUAAUAAGUGGAUGGAUGUACAUCAUGUAGAUGUUAGUGAAAAAAGGAAUUUUGAAUGUCGAAAAUUUAGUAUAAAAGUAAAGGUUAAGGACAAUAACGAUGCAGUGGAAAAGUUGGGAUCAAGCAUUGGUGGUAUGGAUAAUAUCAUUGGAUGUGUCUCUGGUGCUGAUGUUGUCGUGUGUAGUGUUGGUGUAAAUCAGAUGUUUUACAUCAUACACUCCAGAAAAGCAUCAUUUGUAGUAAAUGAGGAUUGUGUGAUAGAGAAUAGUGAAGACGGGAGAAAUGAUUUUAUGGAUAUUAAGUGCAUUAGAAGUGAAUCGAUGGAGAAUGAUAAUGUCGAUUAUGAUGAGAAAAAGAAAUGUGAAAUCGUUAAUAUGAUGGACUUUGAUGAAUCGAAUCAAAUGGGUAAAAUGAAAGUUGAAAACUUACCUAAUGAGUUCCUUGAAGUUGGCGAAGUAAUGCCUGAAUUAAAAUUUGCUGAAAGUGUGAGCGAUGAUGCGGAGAAUGAUAAUAAAAGGGGUGAAGCUGCAGAUGGUAGAACGAACGAUUCUGCAAAUUGCCCUGAAGGUAGCACAGUUGUUGCUAAUGGAAAAAAUGUCAAAUCUGGAGGAUCUAGCUCAAAUUUUAGAGCCGGAGGUCGUAAGAAG